AACGAUCCCAUUUCUCCUAUUCAUAUCCUCACUCAUUCCUGUUCUUUCAACUCUUUCUCACUCAACUUAGUGCCAGUGCAAAAUCCCAGGCCACUGAGAUUUGCAGUCAGAGACAUUGAGAUGCAUUAUAUCACUUUUUGCUAAUUGUCGCCAUUAAUGCUUAUCGGCAGACACAUAAUCCGUCAAUUAAAUCAAAAGAAAAACUAAAUUGUUCAAAGGAUUAUUUUUUUUCUUUGUUACUUUUGCGCUAACAGAGGAAGCAAACGAGAUGGAGCUGAGUAAGGCAACUUUCGAGAUCUUCACGAAACUGGAGCAGAAAUGGCUAUCGCACUGUGAACCUACGAAGAAGACUCGAAUCCUCAGCAUCGAUGGCGGUGGAACGGCCGGCAUUGUCGCUGGUUCCGGUCUUAUACACCUUGAAGAUCAGAUCCGCCUCAAAACCGGUGAUCCGCAUGCUCAAAUUGCUGAUUUCUUUGAUAUGAUCGCCGGCACUGGCGUUGGUGCUAUUCUUGCUGUCAUGCUCUCUGCCGAUGAUGGAACUGGCCAUCCACUUUUCACUGCUAGAGAAGCUGUCAAGUUUAUCACGCUGAACAACUCCAAGCUCUUUAAAGUUAAUAAGCUCGCCGGAGUUCUUAGCAAUCGGAAAAAAUUAUCCGGCAAGAGCAUGGAUAAGGUGCUGAAGGAAAUGUUUAAGAGAGAAGACGGAACGUCUUUGACACUGAAGGACACGUGUAAGUCUCUCCUUGUUCCUUGCUUUGACCUUAACAGUUCCGCGCCCUUCGUUUUCUCUCACGCCGACGCUUCCGAAUCACCUAGCUUCAACUUUGAGCUUUGGAAAGUGUGCCGCGCCACGUCAGCCACUCCGAGCCUCUUCAAACCUUUCCGAUUGAUAUCCAUCGACGGCAAGACCUCGUGCUCCGCGGUGGACGGAGGUUUAGUCAUGAACAACCCCACUGCCGCUGCCGUCACGCACGUGCUCCAUAACAAGAGAGAUUUCCCUUCCGUUAAUGGCGUCGAGGAUCUGAUGGUCUUGUCAUUAGGAAACGGUCCAGCCUGCGGAAGAUCAAAGGUCCAUAGUAACGAUGAAUGCUCAACUUCUUCAGUCGUUGACAUUGUGCUCGACGGAGUCUCGGAAACGGUGGACCAGAUGUUAGGGAACGCUUUCUGUUGGAACCGUAACGACUACGUUCGAAUUCAGGCAAACGGACUGGGGAACGCAAGUAUGGUGGGGCAGAGAAUGGAGGAGGUACUGAAGGAAAGAGGAGUGGAGUCGUUACCGUUUGGCGGUAAGAGGUUACUGACGGAGAAUAACGGAAAUAGAAUUGAAGGCUUUGUGCAACGCCUUGUUGCGUCUGGAAAAACCAGCCUUCCUCCCAGUCCCUGCAAGGAAACAGCCGUUAGCUAGUCUUCCCAAUCCCCCCCCCCCUUCCUCUUUUAACUCUAUUUUAUAAGUAGUAAUUUGGAACCAUCGCAAGUUUUUCGAUGAAGAAUUAUCCUCCUCAAGUUUUACCUUUU